GGCCGCCAUCUUAGAUGGCGGGAGUAAGACGAGAAAGAGCGUGAGAAGCGAAGGCUUCCCUGCCGCUCUUCUUGGGCCCCGAAGAGGGCCAGCUGGCCGGGCUUUGGGGUGUGUGCCCUGAGGCGCGGAGUGCGAGAGCGACGAUGCGAGGGCUGCCCGGGGCUCCGUCCCCUGGGCUGGGGACGCGCCGAAUGUGACCGCCUCCCGCUCCCUCACCCACCGCGGGGAGGAGGAGCGGACCAGACGCCACAGCCGGACGACUGGACACAGAGGCGGCCGGGCUCCCUCAGGUUUAAGUAUUGUGUAAGCUGCAUCAAUGGAGCACAUACAGGGGGCCUGGAAGACGAUCAGCAAUGGUUUUGGAUUCAAAGAUGCGGUGUUUGAUGGCCCCAGCUGCAUCUCCCCUACAAUAGUUCAGCAGUUUGGCUAUCAGCGUCGGGCAUCAGAUGAUGGCAAACUUACGGACCCGUCUAAGACAAACAACACUAUCCGUGUUUUUUUGCCAAACAAGCAAAGAACAGUGGUCAAUGUGCGGAAUGGAAUGAGCUUGCAUGACUGCCUUAUGAAAGCUCUCAAGGUGAGGGGCCUGCAACCAGAGUGCUGUGCAGUUUUCAGACUUCUCCACGAACACAAGGGUAAAAAAGCACGUUUAGAUUGGAAUACUGAUGCUGCCUCAUUGAUUGGAGAGGAACUUCAAGUAGAUUUCUUGGAUCAUGUUCCGCUCACAACACACAACUUUGCUCGGAAGACCUUCCUGAAGCUUGCCUUCUGUGACAUCUGUCAGAAGUUCCUGCUAAAUGGGUUUAGAUGUCAGACUUGUGGCUACAAGUUUCACGAGCAUUGUAGCACCAAAGUACCUACUAUGUGUGUGGACUGGAGUAAUAUCAGACAACUCUUGCUGUUCCCAAAUUCCGCUGUUGGUGAUAGUGGGGUCCCAGUACUGCCUUCUUUGACAAUGCGUCGGAUGCGAGAGUCUGUUUCCCGGAUGCCUGUUAGUUCCCAGCACAGAUACUCCACACCCCACGCUUUCACAUUCAACACCUCCAGCCCCUCCUCUGAAGGUUCCCUCUCCCAGAGGCAGAGGUCGACGUCCACACCUAAUGUCCACAUGGUCAGCACCACCUUGCCCGUGGACAGCAGGAUGAUUGAGGAUGCAAUUCGAAGUCACAGUGAAUCAGCCUCACCUUCAGCCUUGUCCAGCAGUCCCAACAAUCUGAGCCCAACAGGCUGGUCACAGCCCAAAACCCCUGUGCCGGCACAGAGAGAGCGGGCACCGGGAUCCAGCACCCAGGAGAAAAACAAAAUUAGGCCUCGUGGACAGAGAGAUUCAAGCUAUUACUGGGAAAUAGAAGCCAGUGAAGUGAUGCUCUCCACUCGGAUUGGGUCAGGCUCCUUUGGAACUGUUUAUAAGGGCAAGUGGCAUGGAGACGUUGCAGUAAAGAUUCUAAAGGUUGUUGAUCCCACACCAGAGCAGUUCCAGGCCUUUAGGAAUGAAGUGGCUGUCCUUCGCAAAACCCGGCACGUGAACAUCCUGCUCUUCAUGGGGUACAUGACGAAGGACAACCUGGCAAUUGUGACCCAGUGGUGCGAGGGCAGCAGCCUCUAUAAACACCUGCACGUCCAGGAGACCAAGUUCCAGAUGUUCCAGUUGAUUGACAUUGCCCGGCAGACGGCUCAGGGAAUGGACUAUUUGCAUGCAAAGAACAUCAUCCACAGAGACAUGAAAUCCAACAAUAUAUUUCUCCAUGAAGGCCUGACGGUGAAAAUUGGAGACUUUGGUUUGGCAACAGUGAAGUCGCGCUGGAGUGGUUCUCAGCAGGUUGAACAACCCACCGGCUCCAUCUUGUGGAUGGCCCCAGAGGUGAUUCGAAUGCAGGACAAUAACCCGUUCAGCUUCCAGUCCGACGUCUACUCGUACGGCAUCGUGCUGUACGAGCUCAUGACGGGGGAGCUGCCCUACUCCCACAUCAGCAACCGCGAUCAGAUCAUCUUCAUGGUGGGCCGAGGGUACGCCUCCCCAGACCUUAGUAAGCUGUACAAGAACUGCCCCAAAGCAAUGAAGAGGCUGGUAGCCGACUGUGUGAAGAAAGUUAAGGAAGAGAGGCCUCUUUUUCCCCAGAUCCUGUCUUCCAUUGAGCUGCUCCAACACUCUCUACCGAAAAUCAACCGGAGCGCUUCUGAGCCAUCCCUGCACCGGGCGGCCCAUACCGAGGACAUCAAUGCCUGCACGCUGACCACAUCCCCUAGAUUGCCUGUCUUCUAGCUGACUCUGCACCUGCACUCAGGCCACCAGGUGGGAAGGGAAGUCAGCAGGCAUCACCUUUCUGCGGGGACAGAGCUCGUCUUCAGAGAAGCUGCUGCUAAGGACCUUCUAGACCACUCACAGGGCCUUAACUUCACGUUGCCUUUUCUACCCCUCUGGCCCUGGGAGGAGGAAGCCAUUCGCAGUGUUGGUUUGUCCUGCUCACCCGCAACCCCUGUGCUCAUGAGCGGAGCCUCUUUCAGAUGCACCGGUGGCUGCUGAUGGCAGUACAUGAUCUGGGGCCCCAGCUGUUGGCUAAACGAGUAUUUUUAGGGCAAGAAAAAGCACUCAGAGGGGAAAUGCAGGUAGCAGGCAAACCAGCCGUGACGUGGGGACAUGUGGAUUUUGGAAAUCAGCUCCUAUGAGGAACACUUAUCACAGAAGGACGGACUUCUCUUCAGAGAUACGUGGUGUGGCACCAAACAGGUAGUUUUGCACAUAAUGCACCAAACAGCCCAGGACUGUCGAGACUGUGGCAGCCUGGAGGAGCCUGCUUUGGUACUAUGGACUUGACUUUGGGGACAUUUUCUUGAAGGUCUCUAGUGCUUUGGGAUGGUUUUCCAGAAGAGGUGCUUGGCCUGCCCCUCCCAGUCUCCGCCUCUCAGGGAGCAGUCUUCCAUUGUGCUGAAUUUGUCUUCCAGGAGCUGCCCCUAUGGGGCGGGCCCCCCCCCCCGCCCACUGCCAAGCCUGGUCCCUACAUCAUCAUAUGCAAGGAAGCCAGGAACACAGGUUUCUUGAUAAUUUGGGUUUAAUUUUUGUUUUUAUUGCGCCUGACAAAAUACAGUUAUUCAAUUUGUUAUUUUAAUAAAAUAAAUUAAAUGUAGGUUUAAUGGCUGUUUCCUCCUUUUAAAUCCUGAGCUCACAGCUUGAACUCCAUUUGUUCAUGCCUUUGGGAGCAGAACUCAAGAAACAGGAAUGGGCCCAGAGCCUCUGCUGGGAAUUGAAUUCAGCCUUUGUCACCCUUCUUACUCCAAAUCAGGUAAAGAGUAGACUUUCUUCUUUAAUAAAACAUUUGGUGUCUACAG